CGUAGGUGCUGAAAUCUUUUUCAAUUUGAGUAGAAAAAAGAUUUCAGGUAAAACAAUGAGCCUCCUUUCCAAUAUUUUAUUAGUUGGUCUAUUAUCCCUUGGACAAUCAACAAUUGUCCAACCGGAACAAAUUGCCAAAACAGUUUUCCUGAAUGACACCAUCUUUGUUGCCUACAACUCAUCCACAACAAAAUGUAGAAUAGAUUGCGCCGACGCCGAAACAAUGCUUCAACAAGAUUUCCGCUCGUUUCAGAAAGUUUGGAUGUUUAACAAAACGGAAAUGUUUUCAGCCGACGACAAAACUUUUAUUGAUAGCAAUCGCAGUUUAGAAUUUCAAGUUCUGAAUGAAGAUGACACUGGUGCAUAUCAAUGUUGUAUCCGUUCAACUGACCUCGCAUAUCAGUCAUUCGUUUGUUAUAGUACUCUACUGACUGUUGUUGAUGAAAUGCCUGGAGAUGGUAUGAAUGAAACAGCAACUACUGAAGCUCCACCAUCCCCUUCGUGGAACGUCGUGAUUGAAGACGGAGAAAUUUUGAACGCACAACCAGAAAAUAACUACUUUUUGAAAAUUUUCGAAGAUAAUGUGACGGCAAUACAUUGUCUUGUCAACGAAGUGGAAAUUAAUAUUAAAACUAGUAAUUCGUUCACCCCACCAUUAUACAAUGACGUGCUCAUCCAAUCAUUCAAUCUUACUGAUCAUAGUGGCAUAUACGUCUGCAAUGGAACCCUUCAAAUCGGAAAUGAAACUUCAAUUGAAACUGUCACAUUCACUGUCUCUCAAUCAUGGGAUGACAACAAGAACGCCGAUUUGCUGGAUUCAAAAGUCGUGGCCGAAGCUCUCAAAACUGCAUUCACUGUCUUUUCCUUCUUUUUCAUUUCUCUAUUCAUUCUUCUCCAAGUUUUUCGAUUUUGAUGCACCGCUUUCAUCUUCUCUAUGCAAAUCUGUAUCUCUCAAUUUUCCAGUAUUUUUCAAAGUCAUUUUUUGAGCCAAUAUGUUCUUUUUGCUAGGUUUUCAUCCUUAAAUUGAAUUUUAAAAUAAGAUAGAAAUUAUAAUUUCACUCACUUGAGACAAUAUAGCCUAACAAAUCUCGAAUCCAACUAUUAAUUUCUAUUAACGCAGCUGUUAAAAUUCAAUAUCAAGACAUCUAAAAUAAAUAAAAAUACAAAGAAAAUAGAUUUUGACUUUUCAGCUUCGGUAAAUAGCUUUUUUGUGAUCUCAAAUCAAUUCUCUAGCCUGCAAAAAGAAAGUUCAGAUUAAUUUCUGAAAUAUCUUUGAAAUUUCUCUUUAUUUUUAUUGCCUAAUCCCAUCUGUUUUGCUUUUUUCCCUUCGAAACCAGUUUUGCUAAUAAAAAAUCCUUGAAAUG